UCAUCUAAUCGCCACCAUGCAGUAACAGCAGAAGAAGCUGAGGCAGCCUUCGCAAAAACUGACAGGCAGCCCUGAAGAUGAAGACAUCCCACUAACGAAGCAGAUGUUUCCAGACCAUUCAGAGGCACAAGCUGAUCCUAAAACCGAGGGAUAAAGCAGCCAGGGCAAUGGUGGGGGUGAGCGGGCUCCUUGCUGUUGGCAUUGUAACUCUCCUGAUCGUGCAGUUCCUAAAGCUGCAAUGGUUGCGUCGGCAGUACCCACCUGGACCAAUCCCGCUUCCCUUAAUUGGAGGUCUGUGGUCCUUGGACUUGAGUCUCAACCAGGAAACAUACACCAAGAUAUCAAAGCGUUAUGGGAGGAUCUUCACCAUGUGGGUGGGACACAAACCCAUGAUUAUCCUGAAUGGGUUCGAUGCUGUGAAAGAGGCUCUGGUCACGCAUUCCGAACAGAUGACGGGCCGGCCCAUGACCCCUUUUGUGAUUGAAACAAUGAAGGGAAAAGGAGUUCUGUUUGCAACUGGCCACAUCUGGAAGCAGCAGAGGCGCUUUAGCCUGACGUCCCUGCGGAAUUUAGGCAUGGGGAAGAAGGGCGUGGAGUACCGCAUUCAACAGGAGGCAAACUAUGUCCUCGAACUCUUUGCAAGCGAGGGAGGGAAGCCCAUGAACCCUGCUCUCAUCAUCUUCCCUGCGGUCUCCAACGUGAUCUCGUCUGUGGUGUUUGGGCAUCGCUUCUCCUACGAUGACGAGGUCUUCCAAGAGAUGGUCAAGAAUGUCGAUUUCAUGUUCCAUUUUUUGCCCAGCCCAUUUCGAAUUGCAUAUGAUCUUUUCCCUGGGCUGAUGCGCCGUCUGCCGGGACCUCACCAGAAGGCGUUUGAAUGCUUGGCGAAAGGGCAUGCAAUGAUAAGGGAUGAGAUCAAAAGCCACGAGAAGACCAGGGACCCAAUUGACCCGCAGGAUUUAAUUGACCACUAUCUGAAUCAGAUUGAAAAGAGCAAAGGUGACCCCGACAGCACAUUUGACGAGGAAAACAUGCUCCACGUCAUCACCGACUUCUUUGCAGCGGGGACCGAGACGACGGCCGUCACCAUUCUCUGGGCUAUCGUCUACAUGCUAGCCUUUCCAGACAUCCAAGAAAAAGUCCAGGAGGAGCUACAUGCCGUACUGGAUCCUUCCAAAGAGAUCUGUUACGAGGAUCGGAAGAGGUUGCCGUACACCAAUGCUGUCGUUCAUGAGGUCCAGCGCCUCUGCAAUGUCCUGCUGGUUGGGUCCUUCAGAGAAGCAACAGCAGACAUAACCCUGCAAGGCUAUCGUAUUAAAAAGGGCACUGUCGUCAUCCCCGAUGUAGCUUCUGUCUUGUAUGACCCUGACCAGUGGGAGACGCCUCUUCAGUUCAACCCAAAUCACUUCCUGGACAAAGAUGGAAAAUUCUUCUGCAAGGAAGCCUUCAUUCCCUUUGCAGUAGGGCAUCGCAUUUGUGUGGGGGAGCGCUUGGCGCGGACCGAGCUCUUCAUUGUCUUCACCAAACUUCUGCGGGCUUUUAAAUUGCAGCUUCCAGAAGGAGUGAAGAGUGUCAGCAUCAAACCUAUAACCGGAGGAUUGGCCAUGGUGCCAAAACCCUAUAAGCUCUGUGCUGUUCCUUACUAGGUUCCAGAGGGGAGGAGGGCUAUGUGGGCCGCAGAAAUGGGCUAUCUUUCUGACCGCUGAAUUGCCCCUUUCAUAUCUACAUGUUUUAAACUGGUUUUAGAAUAUUUAAAUUGUGCUGAUGAUGAAUGUUUUCGCUGCUCAGGACUCCUCUGGGAGAAGGAAUGUAUUAUAAAUUGAAUAAAGAAACAAAUAUUCCUAA